UGUACAGGUGGUAUAAACUUGAAGGUAGUUGAUAACAGUGUACUGUCACAGUAUGUGCACUCGAGUGAUGAAAUGUACAGAGCCUAUCUCGCGUCUCUAGGCAAAACGUGCACAUCACUCUGGUCUUCGUCAUCGCCAGUUAACAGCCUGAGCAGUGUAACACGGCUGUUGUCUUUUGGCAGUGAUUCAGCAUUCUCUUACUCUACUGCAACACCAGAAAGACUGCAGUCACCUGUUCAGACAGACAUGUCUAAACUUCAGUUAACUAAACCAGCGCCUGAGUUCAAGGCACAGGCUGUUGUGGAUGGAGAGUUCCAGGACAUCAAGUUGUCCGACUACCGCGGGAAAUACGUCGUCUUUUUCUUCUACCCUUUAGAUUUGUCGUGGACAUACCCUUUAGACAACUGCUGCAAAUACAUUACCUUUGUGUGUCCAACUGAAAUCAUCUCAUUCAGCGACAGAGUUGAAGAAUUCCGCAGUAUUAAUUGUGAAGUGUUGGCUUGUUCCACUGACAGUGUUUUCUCACAUUUAGCAUGGGUGAACACACCACGAAAGCAAGGUGGUUUGGGGCAAUUGAAGAUUCCUCUGAUUGCAGACAAGACAAUGGAAAUAUCCAGAAUGUAUGGCUGUUUGAAGGAGGAUGAGGGCAUUGCAUUCAGGGGUCUGUUUAUAAUAGACGACAAGGGUAACCUUCGCCAGAUGACAAUCAACGAUCUGCCGGUGGGUCGCUCUGUAGACGAGACUAUCCGCCUAGUGCAGGCUUUCCAGUUCACAGACAAACACGGAGAGGUCUGUCCAGCCGGGUGGAAACCAGGAUCGGACACCAUGAAGCCAGACCCUAAGGGCAGCAAGGCCUAUUUCAGCAAGGCCAAUUAACUACAGUCGACUAGUCCAUAACGGACUACAGAGCAACAGUCCACUAGUGAAAUACGGACUUGCAAAGAAUGUUGACCCGUGACUGUAGAGCCAUGCAAUUUAGAUAGAGAAACGGACAGUUACACGUGUAGUUUAAAAACUGCCAAACGGCCAGUCUUAAGUAGUACAUACACAUGCCUGUACAUGUCAGUUCUCUAAUGUGUAUUUGUUUUUAAUUUUACUGGUUUUUUAAAUAUUGUUUUCUACACAGGUUAUAUAUAGAAUCUGCUAAAGUGCUAUGAUUGCAUAUCCAGUGCAUUAAAAAAAUAUUCGAAAUGGUUUUUGGGUUUUUUGUUUUAAGUUAUGUAAUGAUUUUGCAUAUAUGUUGCUUUUAUGUGAGGGUUAACAAGCUUCUCUUUUUUUAACUUAUGGGGCAUUACAAACUAUUGCAGUAUCACAUGCUGUAAUAUAAACUAUUUUAUCUGUAUAUUUUGGAGGGAAAAACUAAAUGUGACAGUUUAAAAAAAAAAAAAAAAUGCGUGGAAAAUAAAUUGUGUUUUGAUCAAUUUCUUUUCUAUUGUUUAUGAAACUAUAUGCACUGAUCACUGCACUGUAGCAGAAAUCUUUAUGUUAAUAAUUAAACAGCCAUUAAAGUAAAGUCUGUUGUUAGUUACUUCUUGUUAGCUAGUGCUAUUGUUUUUACUUCCAACUUUAGUUUUGUUUACAUUUUAAAGGGGCAGUCUCCAAGUUCCAUAGUGAACAAAAAUAUUUUUUUAAUUUUUCUUGUGAAAUCAUGUAUGUAAAGAUUAUACAGUAAAACCUCUAUAAAUGAGGCUCUCAGUAAACUGGAAUUCACUCAAUAUUAGAUGUUAUUCAUGGUUCCUUUUUAAAUAUCGGUGCAGAACCAGAACCUCUAUACAUCAGAUACCCCUUGAAUCUGGAUUUUUUUACUUGGUUACUUGGGUGUCCAGUUUAGAGGGCUUGUACUCUAAUUUGAAUUACAUUUCCACAAAAAAAUUACAUCCGAAUAAUUUCAUUACUACUAUUUACAAAUCUAUAUAAUUGCUAAUCCAGUAAGGGUGACAGACAGCUUAACACUUGACAUCAGUUUAAAUUUGAAUCACAUCUUCUGGCUAGUUUUUUAAUGGACAUGUGAUGAAGAUUUUGUUUUUAUAUUUUUCACUAUGGAUUCUCUGGGAAACCGUUGUUUUUGCCAAGUGACAACACAUAAUUCUGAUUUCCGUGAGUUAAUUAUACAAAUGAAUAAUUUGAUUUUUUUUUAAAUUAAAAAUACAUGUACAAAUAUUAAACUGUGACGCUUUAAGAAUGCACCUUUAAAUGUGAUUAUUCGGGUACAUACACUUGUAGGUGUUGGCUUGUCUAGUCUCGGCUGUGUCUGUUUUAUAAGUUUUUGUGUUUGAACUGUGUGUCCUGCAUGACAAAUUGGAGUUGGAAUUCUGGUAGACAAAAGGGUAGGGGGAGGUCAGCAGUCUCUGAAAUGUACGACCCAGGGAUUUUUUUUUUUUUUUUUUUUUUUGAUCAUAUAUCAAAUAAAAUGUUACUUUUUAUUUUUUUGAUCAUAUGUCAAAUAAAGUAUUUACAGGCUGUUCUUACUGUCAAGCAAUUAUAUGUAGGGUCUCCACGAGUACUCUGAUACGGGUCGAUUCUAGCAAGACUCGAGUCCGUUCAUAGGACUCGUGUACCCGUACAAGGUGGAAUACAAUGAGCAACUAUAAUACAAUGGACAAUGUAGGACAAUAAUUUCAGCAGUAGAUAAUCAACGAUAUAAGUUACACAAUAAUUACAUGAUCAUGCGCUAGUUUCUCUUUUUAAACUGGCUGGCUGUCCAUCACAACACUUCUACAAUACAGUGGCAUGAUUUGGCAUCCAUGUUCAGUGCUAGAAUUAAGAUGCAUAAUGCUAGUAUUUUACUUUAUUCCUUAAUGUCAUCAUCAUCUAAUGUAAGUGUCGGGUACUCGGGUCUGGGUUGAGUGACCUUUGAAUACUCCAAUAUUUUGGACUUGUAGAGGCCCUAAUUAUAUGAAAUGUUUUGGGUUUCUACUUUGUUUUUUCAUGCCACCACCAAUUUGCUAUAUAUGGUACCAGGGCUGAGUUCAGCCAGACCAAAUAGAAAAACGUCCGCUAGACUGUUUUAUGUGCAUCACAGUAAACCAUAUAGCUAUGUCGGGAACCAGUCAUAUAGUUUGCAAAUGUUAAAGAAAUGUUAGCUGGUUAAACUUGGGGCUGUUUUAUGCCAUUUUUGCAUGGCUUCAUUGUCAACUACCAAUAUAGGAAAGUUUUUAAAUUUGUAAUUGCACAAUUUUGAUUUCCCAUGUCAAGAAGUAAAACUGAACAUGGAUGUGCUGUAAUCAUCAAAAACAAACAAAACAAAACAAACCCAAAAUGUUUUUUUAAUGUUUUGAACAUGAAUGUAAUAAUCUAAUUACUACGGCAAUAAAUGUUGGUCGUAUUUCAUUAACCUAAAAUUUUUAAAACGUUUGUUGAAUUUAAAUGUAUGUGCGGUCAUUAUGAACAAGUGAUCUUUAUGCAGAUACAUGUCUGUAUGUUAAAUGAAGAUAUACUCAACCCAGACAGUUAAGAGUCUGAAUAUAAAUCUUCCGUGAUAAAGAAUAGAUAUGUUCGCAUUGUGUGUACACUACAAUAAAUGCCCUAUUGCAGGUCCGUCUGUAAUUACUUGCAGAUUUGAUUAAUUUCUCCACCCAUGCAUUUGGUUGUGAUUAAUGUUUUUCUCCACAUUAGUUUAGCAUUUAGUUUUUACAGGGAAUGGGCGACAAGCAGAGCUCAUUUACAUGCUGCACGAGUUUGGGAAGAGGUUUUGUAUUUACUUGCAGUAAUCAGUACUUGUAUUUUGGAAUGGUAAAUUAAAAACAAGUUGUGAGAGGUAUUCUCUGUACCAAGAGAACUAUUCAAGAUCAUAGUGGAUUGUGGUUAUUUUGUGUUUAGUGUUGAAAGUUCCCUGUAUGCAUGUGGUCAUAGCUUAAAUGUCAUUUGCCAAACUGAUUAGUUAAAAUUGAAUGCACAUGUAUGUAAUUUCACCAACAAAAUUUAAUAAAAUCUUGUUCCAAAAUUAACCUUGUGCAGGUUGCUUGUGGAUUUUAAAAAGUUUUAAAAUCGUGGAGAUUAAUUAAGAAAACCUUUUUAUGUUAGCUGUUUAUUUUUCAGGUAACAUUUGAAAAAUGCGAACAAUAUUUUGUGUUUGGUUUAACUAUGUAAGGUGAUGUAACUAUCAGUUUGGUGAAAUACGUAUUGAGAUUGGAUCAAGUUUGAGCGGACUUCAGUCUGUCCAUCUAAGUAAACAGUUUUGUACGUCCAUGCAGACAUCAGAUCAUGUGAUCAUUGAGUGUUUAAGGUGUUGUUUGAAUAAAGAUCUUAAAUAUAAAAUGA